GUAACUUCACUCCUAAAGCAACCACUCGACUGUCGUUUAUGACUUUUUAAAAGCGUGGGAAUCGAGUUACAAGUUUCACCUUGUGGGAGAAAAAAAAACGAGCAUAAUCUCGCGAUAGAUCGAGUCCAACCCCAUUCUUGUCUAUUGUGAGAGUUUUUCUAUUCUCGCGCGAUUUCGCAACUUUCCCACGGCUGUUGUGGCGUCUGCCCUCUGUCCGCCUCUCCUCUCCCUUUUUUUCUACUCUCGUUUAUAUAUGUUCCCGUCGGUGUUCUUCUGUUCGUUGUGUUUGUCCCAGCGGCGGGGGGAAUGGGUUUGAGAUCUCGCGAUUGUUGGGACUUUAGAAGUUCCAGUGGAAAAUGGCGCCCGUUGUGACGGGGAAGUUUGGUGAGCAAGCUCCACCGCAGCGCCUGACGAGAGAGGCCAUGAGAAACUACCUGAAGGAGAGGGGAGACCAGACCUUACUCAUACUACACGCUAAAGUGGCACAGAAAUCUUACGGCAACGAGAAGAGGUUCUUCUGUCCUCCUCCUUGUAUCUACCUGAUGGGCUGUGGCUGGAAGAAGAAGACGGAGGAGAUGGAGAGAGAGGGCUGUUCAGAGCAGGAGGCUCAGCCCUGUGCCUUUAUAGGGAUAGGAAACAGUGACCAGGAGAUGCAACAGCUCAACAUAGAGGGGAAGGACUUCUGCACAGCUAAGACUCUAUACAUCAGUGACAGUGACAAGAGGAAACACUUCAUGCUGUCGGUCAAGAUGUUCUAUGGUAACAGUACAGACAUAGGAGUCUUCCUUAGUAAGAGGAUCAAAGUUAUCUCUAAACCGUCCAAGAAGAAACAGUCUCUGAAGAACGCUGACCUGUGUAUAGCGUCAGGCACCAAGGUUGCGUUGUUUAACCGGUUGCGUUCUCAGACCGUCAGUACCCGCUACCUACACGUGGAGGGAGGGAACUUCCAUGCCAGUUCACAACAGUGGGGAGCCUUCUACAUACACCUCUUGGAGGAGGAAGAGCCAGAAGGGGAGGAGUUUGCGGUGAGGGAUGGAUACAUCCACUACGGUCAGACUGUCAAACUGGUCUGUUCUGUCACUGGUAUGGCGCUGCCUAGACUGGUGAUCCGUAAGGUGGACAAGCAGACAGCGUUGAUGGACGCAGACGACCCAGUGUCUCAGCUCCACAAGUGUUCCUUCUACCUGAAAGACACAGAGAGAAUGUACCUCUGUCUCUCCCAGGAGAGAAUCAUUCAGUUCCAGGCCACGCCCUGCCCCAAAGAGCCCAGUAAGGAGAUGAUAAACGAUGGGGCUUCCUGGACCAUCAUCAGUACAGACAAGGCAGAGUACACCUUCUACCAGGGGAUGGGUCCUGUUCCCUGUCCUGUUACACCGGUCCCUGUGGUGGAGAGUCUGCAGUUGAAUGGUGGAGGGGAUGUGGCCAUGUUGGAGCUGACAGGACAGAACUUUGCUCCAGAUCUCCGAGUCUGGUUUGGAGAUAUCGAGGCUGACACUAUGUACAGGUGUGGAGAGAGCGUGCUCUGCGUGGUGCCUGACAUCUCCGCCUUCAGAGAGGGGUGGCGCUGGGUCCGUCAGCCCGUCCAGGUCCCCGUCACCUUGGUCCGCAACGACGGAGUCAUCUACUCCACGGCCCUCACCUUCACCUAUACCCCAGAACCAGGCCCUCGGCUCCACUGCAGCGCUGCCGGUGACAUCCUCCAGGCCCACUGUCACAGUAUCUCCUCUUCGUCCUCAUCCUCGCCUUCCUCGGGGAGUCUGGGGAUGGGGGGUUUAGGGGCGUUGGCGGAAGGACAGACGGGCUACGGGAUUGGUCAAGGGGGAGGGUCAACCAAUAGCGUUGGGUUGUUGUCGGGUUCAUCGGUGAUGUCAGUUUCAUCAUAGCAGCGGGGAUGUGUGGGGGGAGGUGAGAGGCUCAUGGACCUGCUUUGAAACCUCGCUCGCUCGCUCAAGGACUCUUUGCAAAGAGAGCGAUUGAGUUGAGGAGGAGAAGGGAAGAAGAGAGAUGAGGUUCUGAUGAAAGACGGACCUGGAAGGAGGGGGAUCCCCUCUCUCUGGCGCCCCCGUGUGGUCGGUUGUGGACAUGACACUGCGGCCUGGGUCAUUCAGUCUGGGAGAGGUUUCACCUCCAGGAUGACACAAUAACUAGGAGCUCUUUUUAUACAUUUUGUUGGAGAACAACUUUUUUUAAAAUUUUCAACACUCUCUUUCUACAAAGUUUAGAUAUUUUUUUUGGACCACAACAAAGGGCUUGGUAAUGAUGGAGAUAUCACUGGUGUACAGAGAAACACCAUUAUUGUUUAUGGGUGAAACAUUUAUUGUAAUAACAAUUUUUACGGACCAAGGAAUAUUAUUGUUAUUUUAUUCUUUAUGAUAUUUUAUAAGCUUUAGCCGAGGUACAUUUUCAAAUGUUUGUUUUUUUGUAUUAUAACGUUUUUAGGGAGUACACUUUGUUACCAAAUAGUUUUUUUCUCCAUUAGAGAGGGAGGGGAGGGAGAGAGGGAGAGAAGGGGAGGUGAUUCAGGCUGCAUCUCAAUCGGCUAAACUGGAUUCCUCCCUUUAUUAGUGUGAAAGAGUGACGCGACCUCGUUGCUUUGUGCAAGUCUUAAAGUCUGGAAAAGGUCAGGGUUGUAGUUAUCUGAAUAGGGCAAGAGUUGAACAAAUGAAAGCAAACUCGAAAGUAGGUUCUCUCUCUCUCUCUACCCCAUCUUUCACCUUCUCUGUCCUGUCCGGAUUAAGGAGAGGAAAUUAGGCUUGGUGGUGAAGGGAGGAAGGACGCCAUUUUUAGACGGUUGACAUGCACCCCAUAAUCUCAGACAGUUUCUAUAGCAACCUUAAAUCUUCCUGGCCAAUCGCCUUAAAUUGAUCAAUCUCUCACCAGACCUUUUUUAGAAGAAACUAAAAAAAUAUAUAUUUUUUUUUCUUUGUAUGUUUUGUGUGUGUGUAUACAAGGUUGUCGUUUUCUGAAACUGUCUAAGAGUGUUUGGUCGACACUCGUCAAGCCAAGGCCUGGGAAUGUUUAAUCGUGUCGUUGGUCUCUGUCUCUCAAAUGACACCCGAGUUCCUAAAUAGUGCACUACUUUAGACCAGGACUCUCCUAUAGGGGAUUCUAAGUAGUGCACUACUUUAGACCAGGGCUCUCCUAUAGGGGAUUCUAAAUAGUGCACUACUUUAGACCAGGACUCUCCUACAGGGGAUCCUAAAUAGUGCAGUACUUUAGACCAGGACUCUCCUACAGGGGAUUCUAAAUAGUGCACUACUUUAGACCAGGACUCUCCUACAGGGGAUCCUAAAUAGUGCAGUACUUUAGACCAGGACUCUCCUACA